AUGGAACUUGAACUUUCAGCAGUUAUUGGAUUUUCAGGCGGGGUUAUGCAAGGAUUGCAGCUACACCCCGACAAUGAGCAUAUAAUCUAUCCAUUAGGCUCAACAAUUGUCAUUCGACAUAUCAUAAAUCGAAAUCAAACAUUCUUGCGUGGGCAUGAUCAACGAGUAUCAUGCAUUACAAUAUCAAGGUCUGGAAAUCUUAUAGCCAGCGGCCAACAAACUCAUAUGGGUUUUCAAGCACAAGCAAUAAUUUGGGAUUUCAAUACUAAGCAGCAGCUACAAGUAAUAAAACUUCAUAAAGUCUUACAUCUUUUAAAUAUUAUUAUGAAAAACAGUUUUUGUAACAAUUAAUUUAUUAUUUAUAAUGAUUUAUUUAGUUUAUUUAAGAGUUAGUACAAUCUUUGCACUUUUCUGCUAAUGAACAAUAUUUAGCAUCUUUAGGAGGGCAAGAUGACAACAUGCUCGUCAUUUGGGAUGUGGCAACUGGGAAAGGACAAUGUGGAAGUACAAUAGGCCAUGAGCCAGGCUUUGAAGUGAAGUUUUAUAACAACUCAGAUAGAUCACUUGUUACAGUGCAAAAUUUAUUAGUCAAAAUUUGGGAAGCAGAUUAUGUAGAGAAAAAAUUAGCUUUUCGAAAUAUCAACUUACUCCCCCCCCUCGAAGUUCGACCAAGAUAUAGGGAAAAUUCCUAUUUUUUUGGAAAAUUAACCCACCUCAAAGUUCGACCAAGACCUAUAUAAAUUUACUAGGAAAAUAAGCAAUUUUUCAAAAAUUUUAAACUAUGUGGGGGUGAGCUUGCGAUUUUUGUAUUCAAGUUCUAAAAAAGCGUUACAAAACAUCUUGCACUAUUUUUUCUAACCCUUACACCCUCUCAACCAUACAGAAGAAUAUGAUAAAUAUAUUUUUUUUUUUUAACUACUAAAUUAUAUAAAAAAAAAUUCUAUAUAAUUUUUUUUAAAAAAAAUUUUUCUUAACCCCCCUCGAAGUUCGAUCAAAAAAAUCUUGGUCGAACUUCGAGGGUGGGGGAGUUAGGAAACAUCAAGAGACAGAUAUUAAAUCUAAUCAUUCACCCUAGCGACCAGUUUGCAUACGUAGGAACAAGAACUGGAGACAUCCUUGAGCUAAACUUACAAACUGCUCUCUACAAACGAGCUGGCCCUGCGCGAAAAUUGUUUGCUCAAGGAAUUCAGUCUAUGGCAUUGCUUCCUAAUGGCGAUUUAUUAGUUGGUGCAGGUGAUGGAACCUUAGCCAAGCUUGGCAGUCAGAAUUUACAAGUGAAAAUCCAAACUGAGGUCUUAGGCGGACCAACAUCGAUUUCUUUGACAAGUGAUGGAACUCAUUUCUUUUUGGGAACUUCUCAAUCUAAUAUGUAUUUUGUGGAUUCUGAUGAGUUAAAAGCUGAAUUACGCAAUACAUGCCAUUAUGAAAAGAUUAAUGAUAUUUCAUUUCCAUCAAACUACUCAGAAGUAUUUGCUACGUGCUCAUUUAAUGAUAUCCGUAUAUGGAAUGCUCGAAACCGCCAAGAGCUAUUAAGGAUCCAGGUUCCAAAUUUAGAAUGUUUUUGCAUUGGCUUCACUCCAGACGGUAAAAGUAUCAUAAGUGGCUGAAGUGAUGGCAAGCUCAGAGCAUUUUUACCACAAUCAGGGAAAUUAAUGUAUGUUAUAAAUGACGCUCAUAGACAUGGCCUCACCGCUUUAAUUUCUGCAAAUAACUCGACAAGAAUCAUUUCUGGAGGUUUUGAAGGUGAAGUCAGAGUUUGAAAAAUUGGAAAACAAACUCAAACAAUGGAAGCUUCAAUGAAAGAGCACAGAGGCAGAGUUUGGGCGAUUCAGACUAACAGAAGCAAUGAGUUCGCUGUAAGCGCAAGCUCAGAUGGGUCUUGCAUUGUGUGGGACUUACGAUCUUUUACAAGACUGAUUUGUCUAUUUGAAAGCACAAUGUUUAAGCAAGUCUUAUAUAACCCUGAUGAAUCCCAAUUAUUAACGACAGGAAGUGACAGAAAAAUUACUUAUUGGGACACUUUUGAUGGCCAGAGUAUUAGAAUGCUAGACGGCUCAGAAGAAGGUGAAGUCAAUGCUUUAGCGAUUUCAAGAGAUGGAAAUUCGUUUGCCUCGGGUGGAGAAGAUCAGAGGGUCAAAUACUGGAGCUAUGAUGAAGGAGUUGUGCUAUAUGAAGGAAUUGGGCACUCUGGAAGUGUCACAAAAAUAGCCUUCAGCCCUGAUCAAAGGACUUUAGUGACUGUGGGAACUGAAGGAGCUAUUUUUAUUUGGGAUGUUCCUCAAGGAAAUGAUUAA